AUGCCACGACCCCUUCGCAGACCCAAGCAAGCAGGAGAACUCACAAAUCAGGAGCAUCGCUUGACCGUAAAAAGUGCGCACAGGCCCUUUGAGCCAAAAGUCACCACCAUUGCGCCGUCCGGCACUCACGAAUACGCGGCACGACCUACUCGUCAAGGAAGGGCUAAGAAAUGCGCGCCGCGAAGAUCUGCGGAAAGGAAUCAGCGUGCAGCACGACCUUUCCAAGAGAUUUCCGUUAAUGCCCGGCCUAUCCAUAUGGAGAAGCAAUUCAUGGUCGCAGCGAAGCGCAACAAAGUGAAGACGACCCGCGCUGCGAUACAAGGAUCAAAGGCUGCGGGACAUGCUCCAGUGACAUUGCGCGAAACUUCACACGAAAAUGAGGCUGCUCUAGAUGAUUCAGAAGCAGAUGCGUCAGUUGCGUUUGUAGCUCCUGACGAGGAGCUUCCUCUUCACAAAAAGGAAACAGUCCAGAAGCAAAAUAGUACGCCGAACGAUGACUUUCGUGAGAUUGAUGAUUGGGAGCUUAGCUUUGAAGACGUCUCAUCGCCCUUUUACUCUGACCAGUGA